CUUCAUUUGAUAUAAUCUCCUCUAUGAGUUGAUACAAUGAUGAUACUCAAGAAAUCAAGAAGAAAUUCUAUUGAUAGCAUCUACUGUCGUAUGUGCAGAAAUCCAGUUGCACGCGUCCAAGAUUAUAUUUCGAGGGUUCGUCGAGCAGGGGUCUUUAGUAGAGUGUAUAAUGUUGUUGUAUCGAAUGAUCAUGAGAAUUUUCAUUUUGGAAGUAUCAUAGCCGAUACGUACUGUGGUCAAUGUAGAAUGUUGAUCGGGUGGGAAUAUAUUCAAGUCCCACUAUGGUUUGUGGUCAGAGAUGGAAGAUUUGUUUUGUUCUUGAGUGGGCUUUGUUACUGGGAUGGUGUACCAUUGCUUCAUUUAAACGAAGAACAAGAUUUAGGCGCUAAUGAGGAAAAUGCAGAUCAAGAUGGAGAUGCUCAUGAACAAAAUGAUGCUAAUGAACAAGAUGUGGGCGUGAAUGAGGAAAAUACUGAUCAAGAUGGAGACGCUACUGAUCAAGAUGGAGAUGCUACUGAUCAAGAUGGAGACGCUACUGAUGAAGAUGGAGAUUCUACUGAUGAAGAUGGAGAUUCAACUGAUGAAGAUGGAGACUCUACUGAUGAAGAUGGAGAUUCAACUGAUGAAGAUGGAGACGCUACUGAUCAAGAUGGAGACGUUACUGAUCAAGAUGGAGACUCUACUAAUCAAGAUGUGGGCGUGAAUGAGGAAAAUGCUGAUCAAGAUGGAGACUCUACUGAUCAAGAUGGAGACUCUACUGAUGAAGAUGGAGACGCUACUGAUCAAGAUGGAGACGCUACUGAUCAAGAUGGAGACGUUACUGAUCAAGAUGGAGACUCUACUGAUCAAGAUGUGGGCGUGAAUGAGGAAAAUGCUGAUCAAGAUGGCGGCACUCCAAUGAACUGAAUGAAGAUGAAAAUGCAGACAUUGAUAGACUAUUCAUGCUCAUAUUCGCUGCUAAUACAAAAUGCUAUAAUUCAUAAUUGUCUGUUUCCAUUUCUGUUGUAAAAAUUG